CUUUACAAGGGUUACAAGGGUUUUGCUUUAUUAACAUGAUAUUUUUCAGAAACAAUUUUGAAUGUAUAGCUUGUUACAUAGGAGGAAAAACCCUGUCAGAAUAUAAGUAGUUUUUAUAUCUUUUUCAGGUUUUUUUCUUCUAAGAAAAUAAUUGAGAUUUUACUGUUCCUUUGAAUUCCUUAAUCAAAUCAGACUGAUUAUUUUUAAGCUGUAAAUAUUUGAAAUGCAUUGAUUAACUUACUGUUUGUGCAUCAGGUAGCCUAGUGAACUGGUCUUAAUCUUUGCUCUUGUCUUCUAUUAAAAUCUGCAUGGAAGCUUCAAGUUUAAUGUUGGCUUUUUUGUGACAUUUUAAAAGUACAAGUAAUCUAGCCAGACAUUGUGAGACAGUCUGCUGAAAGACUUAUUUUUAAACUUCUGAACCGUUUUGGUCCUCAACUCCUGACCUCCAAAAGACUGCUCUUCACCCUGUUGUCAAAAAUACGCUCUCGUUCAUUGCAGAACUUUAGGAAAAAUCCCGUAUUUUCAGAGACUUUCAAUAUUGCUUCAGAUAAUUUCAGGUGUCUAGUUGAAACUGUAACCAGGUUAAAAAAAGUAGAUUUUGGAGUGUGGGAGUGUUUGAAAUACACCUCAGUAAGAUUGAGGGGCCCAACAUAUAUGGGUUUGAUUCUGGGGUGUGGCUUAUUUCUGGAUGUGUUAGUAGAAAAGAAGCUCCGGGCUCCUGUGUUAAUUAAAAUGCUGUUUUUCUUCAGUGAGGAAGUCAAGGGUGGAACUAAGGCUUCAAGUGAUGGAAAUCUGGAAAUUCAUGUACAAAGUACAGCCAAUUUGGAAUCCAAAAUUUUUGAAGCUUCCAGAAGAAAAUAUUUUUCCUGACACUGUUUUGGUUGCUAUGAGGAGUUCAAACACAGUUGUUAAUUGUAAAGGGAAGAGGAAAAAUCUUGGAUAUAUUGCCAACAAAAAUUUGGAAGAUUAACUUAAUUUUUUUGUGUGUGUAUAAAAAUAUAAAUUAAGAAUUAUUCUACACUUUUAUUUGUGUGUAUGUUUAAAGCAUAUAUGUUCCUUAAAUGGAUGUAUAUUCACAAACAAAACAAUACUUAAAUUAUAAUUUAUUAGAGGUGCAGUAUGACCUGCUAUGUUCUAGUGCUUAAUUAGAUUUUAAUAGAUGAUGUUACAGACAAGUUCUGCAGGGAAGUAGGCAAAUCUGGCCUAGCUGAUUAGCUGACUACCUGUACAUUUUUUGUGGAGAUCAGAGGUGGAAUAUUCAUUCUUACCCUUCAAGCAGGUAUAGCAAAUACUUGUAGAAAAUAGGUGCUUCAUCUCUAUUAGAAAGAAGUGAGCUAAACCUAAUUAUGGCAAAUAAUUAUUUUUCUUUAAUACCUUGGGCAAGAUAGCUAAAGGAAAAUAGGAACAUCUAACAGGAAAACUUUCUUAGGAAAAAGAAUAGAUACUGCUAGGAGGGGAAACGAUUCUUAAAAUGCAGCCUUCAGAUAGUUAUAAUAAAGUGGUUUUCUGUGUGUGUUUUGUUGUAGGUUUUUUUUCUUGUUGUUCCAUGGGGAAUAGUUGCUUGUGCUGUAGUUAAUGUUUGGUUUUAAUUGAACUACUAACCUAUCUGCUCCAGUAGGUUCCUUUUGUUCAGUGUAGAUGAUUUAGCUAUGAAUGGCAGAUGUCAAGUAGGGCAAACUGAAUAUUUGCCAUUUGAAAUGAAAUUUAACACCAGGGUCAACACUUAAACAUUUGUGGAUCUUAACCAGUGUGGAAUUUUCUCAGAGGAAUAACUGACUAUAGAAAUCCUCUAUUUCGAGCCUAAUUUAAUGGAAACAGUAAUUGCAAAUUCCAAGCACUUCUCCUCUGUUUAUUCAUAAUGUCUCUAGUACUAUUUAUCCUAUUUCCAGCUAUUUAUACUACUUUUGUUUUCACACUUCAGUUAGUUGACUGAAAAAAUGAGAAUUACUAUAUAAGCAAAAAUGUACAGAAAAUUUGUUAAUGAGGUGCAGUUUUUUUGGGUUGUCUGAUAUUUUUUGUCCCACUGCGUGAUUGUUCCCUGUAUUUUAAGGUUAGUAUUACAUGUAAAUCCCAUUCGAGGUGGCUGCUUAUGCAUUUAUAGAAAUUGUGUACAAAUACAGAUAGAGAUGGAAUGCAGAUGUCCUUGUGCAUAUAAAAGACAUAGCACGAAAGAAAUCCUCCUAGUCACUCUGCACUACUAUCAUGUCUGUUUUUUUCUUUAUGUGAUUGCAGAGAGAAUCUUCUGAACAUUAGGGCAUUUAAUGUCACAAUGAAGAAUCUCUUAUGGAGUAGAAAUCCUUCCUGGAAAUAUUACCAUUGCUCAUUCCGAAUGACAGGUGAAGGCUGGCUUCUUUGUUGCGGAGAAUAUCAAGAUGUUCUUAUUGUUGAUGCUAAAACUUUGGGUGUUCUUCACACUUUAUCAUCAUCUCAGUCUUCUGAUUGGAUAAAUUGUAUGUGUAUUGUACACUCAGCAAGAAUUCAAGAAGACUCUUUGGUUGCAGUGUCUGUAACUGGAGUUCUCAAAGUGUGGGACCUAUCUUCAUCUCUGAAUAGUAUCCAGGAGAGACAAAGUGUGUGUGAGAAGGAAUCAAAAUCUCUGGACUGUAUAAAUUGUCAAGCAGUAAGGUUUUGUACUUACACGGAAAGGCUCCUUCUAGUUGUGUCCUCCAUGUGCUGGCAGGUCUAUGAUUAUUGUGAUUUCUCCUUGCUUUGUACUGAGUUCUGUAAGAGUGGUCAGUGCUUUGCUGGUGGGGAGGUGCUGGCAGCUUACAGACUUAUCAUCUGGACAGAAGAUGGCCACAGUUACAUCUACCAGCUGCUGAACAGUGGCCUUUCUAAAAGCAUGUACCCUGCUGAUGGAAAGGUGCUGAAAGAAACAGUUUGUCCUCAUUUACUCAGCUUUACUGGUAUGAAGGAAAAUAAGAGUCUUCCCUUUGUCAUGGGCUUCAUGAAUGAAAGAAAGGAGCCUUUCUACAAAGUUCUUUUUUCUGGUGAAGCUUCAGGACAGAUCACUUUGUGGCACAUUCCUGAUGUUCCUGUGUCAACGUUUGAUGGUUCUCCAAAAGAGAUCCCAAUUACAGCUGUGUGGACUCUUCAGGAUAAUUUUGAUGAACAUCAUUCCAUGUCAGAGGGCAUUAUUGAUCAACUUUGUGGAUCUGAAGAUGGAUUUGGAAGUGCACUUGUCAGUUCCUCUGUGUACAUACCUGCUCUUGAUAAGCUUGUGUGUGGAUGUGAAAAUGGGAAAAUUUUUGUAACAUUAGGUUUAAAAACUGCAAGAGCAAGACUUUUAGAAAACAUAUCUUUUCUUAAAGAUAAUCUACCUUACAAGGUUCUGAAUGGUCACAGUAGCAGAGUCACUUGUUUGCUUUAUCCACAUGACAAGUCAGUAAGAUUUGAUCCAAGCUGGCUGUUAUCAGGGGGCCAGGAUUCUCUUGUGAUCUGCUGGGAUAUAUUUACUGGAGGAAUCCUGCACCAAUUUAAUCUGCAGUCUGGUCCAGUGACAGAGCUCUUGCAAUCCCCAGAACACUACAGAUUGAGAGACCAGAGUAUAGUGUGCUGUGUGUGCAGUGACCACUCAGUAGCAAUUCUACACCUUCAGAAGAGAGCAUGUCUCUUACAUGCCAGAAAGCAUCUGUUUCCUGUGAAGAAGAUAAAAUUUGACCCGCUUGAGAAUGUGCUAAUUGUUGGAUGUGAAGACAAUUCAGUUUAUAUUUGGGAAAUUGAAACAGGCACGUUGGAACGACAUGAAACCGGUGAAACAGCACGAGCAAUUCUUACUGCCAUCGAAGAUUCAGAAUUCCUAGGGGCAGAUGCUCUACUUCCUGUAUCUCAAGAGUCAAAACAAAACAAGAAUUCUGGAUACAAACAGUCCAGCUUGUAUAAGCAUGGCAUGGGCCCUUAUCCUGCUCAUACAGAAAAAUCUUCAGAUAAGUUAAGUGAUACCAGCUGCAUCCAACAGCCCUUUACUAUUUUACCAGCUAAGACAAAAUGGAACAAUGCAAACUUUCAUAUUCUCUUAUUUGACCUGGAAAAACUUGAAGAACUUCUGUCAUCUCAACUCAAUGGAUUAAAAUCAUCGAAAUCAUUCCAUAACCAAUACACUCUAGAAAGAGCUAAAAGUACUACUGAGAAAAGGUCACUGACAUUAAAAAGAAAUAAAACUGCUGCCUUCGUACCUCAAGCAGAUGGGCAGGCAGAGACUCUUUGUUCAGACCAAGUUCAUAGGGAUAAUAAUGCAGCCAGGCCUGCGGAAGAAAGUGGUGGCAUGAAAAGACGGAAAAAAAUGAAGAGUUCAAGAAAGAUCAGAAUGCAGCCAUCAGGAGACAUUGAUGUGAGCGUCACCCCUGAUACAGCUAAACUGCUUUUGUCAUGUCUCCUACCAUGGGGUGUAGAUAAAGAAGUAGACAAUCUCUGUGUGAGACACUUGGAUAUCCUGAGGCUUCAGUGUCCUGUUUCUUUUGGACUUGUGUCAGAUGAAAGCCACCUAUCGCUAAUGUUGCCAGGAUGGAAGUGUACUGAUUGUGGUGUGCUAGGACAACAUGAAGUUUUCAACUUGUUUUCAAAAAGAGUCCUUGAUUUAUCAAAAAAAUACCUUGCUGCAACUGAAGGACAAUCUGCAAAGAAGGAUGGACCUGAGAAUAAUGAUUAUGGAAUAAUGGAUUUGGAAACAGUAUUUUCCUUAUUUAGCAGAAUAGCUUUAAUCAACAGGAUAAUUAACACACCUUCAGCAGUUACAGAUGAAAUUGAAAGUCCACAGAAAUCAGAAUCUGUACAUGACAAAGGGCGAAAUGUAGAAACAGUAACACUUUCAUGCCCCAGUUUUUAUGGAGACUUACCAAGCAGUAAGAGUAGAUGUCAUUCCCCAGGCUUUGGGAGCAUUUCAUUGCUGAAGCUCAUUUGCUGUUGGAACGAGCAAUCUGUAAAGAUUAUUGAGGCAAUGCAAGCAGUGCUGCUGGCAGAAGUUCAAAGGACUGUUAAUCCCUUGAGAAAGACGACAAUUUGCAGAGAGCCAUUGGCCAUAGUAGAGAAUGGAAAUGUCAGUGUGCUGAAGCAUGACAAGAGCUCCAACUCGGCAAACUUCCAAGAUGUGGAGGAUACGCCUGACAGAUGUGUCUUGGAAGAGUGUGAGAGUCCAGAUGACAUGAAGCCACAUCCCUGGAUAUCUAAGGUGUGCUCCUGUAAGGUGUGUUAGAAAAACCCUGCUGAGACAAAAGAAAUAGAAGAUGUAGAAGGACAACCAAGGACCAUAUGUGGUGUGGUGGACAUGAAAUGGCUUUUUAUAUUUAUUCUGGUACCUUUAACAAUUCAUUUUCAGAAGAAAUACCUUCUGUAAGAUCAGCUGCUUUUGGCUGAUUUACUGGCUUCAAUUCACACUUCCAUCACUGAUAGAUUUACAUGUAUUCGACUAAAUUUUGGUAGUUUUGAUAUAGAAAAUAUCAGCUCUUUAUUUUUAGGUGUCAUUCACUUGUUUAUGUAAUGAUCCUGAAUCUUUAGAACUUUGAUUGCCAUUAAACAAUUAUAUCAAUUUUAGUAUUGUUUUACAUACAUCAAGUUUUUCUCUCUUCUUGCUUCUGACUUUUCUUACCAAUAGCAUUUUAACACUGAGAAAAACCAAAUGCAUUUCAAAUAAUUAGAAUAUUUGUUUUCACUGAAAAGAGAAAUUCACUAUUUGAAUUAAACAUGGAAUAUUUAGAAAUAAAUAAAAUACAAAGAAUGUUCUGUGCACAGGAGAGGAUGGGAAAUUGAUAACAAAUCUGGUCGUGUCUAGGAUGUAAAUUUUCCUUUUCUCUAAAUACUACCAUUACCAUCAUCUGUAGAAAUGCAGUACCAGUAUGGAACUGGAGAAGCCCUUGGAGUCCUCUUCUGAAAUUAUACACUUCACUGAAUAUCAAUUUGUGCUCAUUGGGAAAAGCAGCUAUUCCUUUUUUUCUUUUAUUUUUUUUUAAAUUAUAUCAUUAUAUUUGUAGGAUAUGUGCAGCUGAUUAGACCCAUUUAUCACCUGAUAUUCUGAUGGACUUAGGCUGGUUUGACAAAUAAUGGCUGCUCAGAGCCGUAAGCUCACUUUCUGUAUUGCCAAUAGGUGGAGUGUUAAUGAGGGCAAAGAUAUUUGAGAAUUUACCUUCAGGAUCUGUACCUUAUGGUGGAAAUCCUGGUCUGAUUUAUCCCUUCUAAUUGUCACGUUAGCCGUAAAGUGCCUUAACUAGGCGAGUGGAAAUUCUUUCAGUGUGGAAAGAUUCUCUGGUAAUGAAUCUCUUUCUUCCUUGUGGGGGUAUGUCAUGGCUGCAGGAGUGAUAAAACCUGGUUUCUGUUGCCACAAUAUGGUUUGAAUGAAGCAGACAUGAAAGCUGCUUCCUUCUCUUGUUUUAUAACCCGUAAGUCCAUGUCCCUCAGUGCAGUGUACGGCCUUCAGACACACGGGGUGGUGGAAGGGCAUUGUGAGAAGUAUCCCAGUUUUUAUUCGGCUAAGGAAUGUGUAAUUCAAAUUGGCUGCAAUCCAGAGAAGACAAAGGUAGUUAAUGUUAUUUUUCUGUGACUGUAAAUACCAUGCAGAAGAAUGGCAUCUUUGGGCAGAAAAGUCAAUGGUUUUGAUUUCAAUACCAAUACCAAAAGACAUUUGGUAUUUUGCAGGAACAACUUUCCUUGUUUGUGGAAGGCAUUUUCCUAUCUAAAGUGUAUCUUUUGUUCAUAUUUGGUUGUAUUUGAAUUGUGGUGACUGAA